UCCUGUUUUCCCUGCCGGGGCCCGCUUUCGGUUUCGUUUCCUCUCGGCGUCUCCAUCCCCGAGGAGUCGUGACUCGUGACGGCCGCCGCCGUCGUCCGUGCUAGCCUCGGUCCGACGACCAUGGCUCAGGCCGCGGUGGCGGUGGCAGAGGUGACCCAGGUGCUGUGCGCCGCCGGCGGUGCCUUGGAGUUCGGCGAGCUGCGGCGCCGCUUGCGAACGAGCCCGGGCGCCGACGCUCUGGAGCGGCUGCUGCGGGACCGCGGGCGCUUCGUGGUGGCCUCGCGGGCGGGCCGGGCGGCGGCGGCGGCCUCGGAGCGCGUGGUGCUGGCCGUGUCGUCGCUUCGUCUGUGCCGCGCGCACCAGGGCCCCAAGCCGGGUUGCACCGGGCUCUGCGCGCAACUGCACCUCUGCAAGUUCCUCAUCUACGGCUCCUGCAAGUUCCCGAAGACCGGGAAGAACUGUAGGAAUGGUCACAACUUGAAGACUGAUCACAACCUGAGUGUGCUGAGAACUCAUGGUGUUGACCACCUCAACUAUAAUGAGCUUUGCCAACUCUUGGUUCAAAAUGACCCCUGGCUUUUACCAGAAAUCUGCCUACAUUACAACAAAGGAGAUGGACCCUUCGGCUCUUGCUCAUUUCAAAAGCAAUGCAUUAAACUCCACAUCUGCCAGUACUACUUACAGGGAGAUUGCAAGUUUGGCACUGGCUGUAAGAGGUCCCACGAGAUCACUAACUCUGAAAAUCUGCAGAAAUUGGAGAAGCUGGGUAUAAGUUCUGACAUGAUGAGCAGGCUGCUCUCUACUUACCGGAAUGCAUAUGACAUCAAGAAUAUGGGCUCCACCCUCAGCAAAGUGCCCUCUUCUGUAGGUUCACCGGGAACUUCUGAAAAAAAAGAAAGUUCAGGUUCUGUGUCACCAGGCGCUCCUAGUCAGGAGGAGAGUGAUCAGAUUUGCUUGUACCACAUUCGGAAGAGUUGUAGCUUUCAAGAUAAGUGCUAUCGAGUUCAUUUUCAUUUGCCGUAUCGGUGGCAGUUCUUGGAUGGAGGCAAAUGGAAGGAUUUGGACAAAAUGGAGCUUAUUGAAGAGGCAUAUAGUAAUCCCAGUAAAGAGAGGAUAGUGUACACAGAGUCAGCUGCUGGCUUACACUUGGUUAACUUAGACUUUGAUUCCAUGAAGUUUGGUAGUACUGUGGCUCGCAGGCUCUCCACCGCUUCUUCAGUCACCAAACCCCCGCAUUUCAUCCUCACUACUGACUGGGUUUGGUACUGGAUGGAUGAGUUUGGUUCUUGGCAGGAAUAUGGAAGACAAGGCACAAUGCACCCUGUGACCACCAUCAGCAGCAGUGACGUGGAAAAGGCUUACCUGGCAGUCUGUGUCCCAGGGGCUGAUUCCCAGGCAGCUACCUUGAAGUUCCAGGCUGGAAAGCACAACUACGAGUUAGACUUCAAAGCCUUUCUGCAGAAAAACCUUGUGUAUGGCACUGUCAGAAAGGUUUGCCGCAGACCCAAGUAUGUGUCUCCCCAGGAUGUCCAAAUGAAGCAGUCCUGCAAUACUAAGUUACAAGGCCCAAAGAACAUCCCAGACUACUGGGACCCUGCAGCUCUGCCGGACCCAGGAUUUAAGAAGAUUAUUCUCAGUUCUUCCUCAGAAGAGUACCAGAAGGUGUGGAACCUCUUCAACCGUACACUGCCUUAUUACUCUGUUGAAAAGAUUGAGCGGAUCCAGAACCUGGGCCUGUGGGAAGUCUACCAGUGGCAAAAAGGGCAGAUGCAGAAGCAAAACGGGGGGAAGGAAGUAGAUGAGAGGCAACUGUUCCACGGUACCAACACCAGCUUCGUGGAUGCCAUCUGCCAGCAAAACUUUGACUGGCGGGUCUGUGGUCUGCAUGGCACAUCCUAUGGCAAAGGGAGCUACUUCGCGAGAGAUGCUGCCUAUUCCCACCACUACAGCAAAUCCGACUCAAGUUCCCACACCAUGUUCUUGGCCCGGGUGCUGGUGGGAGACUUUAUCAGGGGCAAUGCUGCUUUCGUCCGCCCUCCCGCCAAGGAAGGCCAGAGCAGUGCCUUCUAUGACAGCUGUGUAAACAGCAUGUCCGACCCAACUAUCUUCGUAGUUUUUGAGAAGCAUCAAGUCUACCCUGAGUACCUCAUUCAAUACUCCACUUCCUCCAAGCCCCUGGCUUCCCCCUCUAUCUUUGCUACCCUGGGCUCCUUGUUCUCCAGCCGGCAAUGAGUGUGGCCAGGAUGCAAUAGGCCUUUCUGGUGGAGCUGUUGGGAAAGUCUUUUAUUAACAAAACUUUUAAUGAACUCUCAUUUAAUGUGGCUUCUCAGUGAAGUUACAUUCUUUUUUUUUUUUUUUUUCUCCCCUAGUGCUGGGGAUGGACCUUGUGCUUGCUAGGCAAGCACUCUACCACUGAUCUAUACCCCCAGCCCUUUUAAAAUGUUUUUAUUAUGAGGCAGAGUUUUUCAGAAUUACAUUCUUCCUCAGUCUCCUGAGCAGCUGGGAUUACAGGCCUAUGCUCUCAGGCCUGACUUGAAGCUACAGUCUUAAUCCUUGGCUGAUAACAGUUUUAGUUUUCAAGUCCUUUCAGGUUGGCUUAUGAUCUCAUCAGUAGUGAUCAUGAGCCCACGUUUGUCUUUUAGUAAUGUUAAGCACUGUAUUUUUAACUCUUUGCUGACUUUGAUGUUUAUUAAUGCUAAGCACAGAAUUUCUACAUACUAUUUUAUGGAUUUUAAUUGUUAAGAAUUUACGUCUGUAUGACAAUUCUGUUUUUGAGGGUCUUUUUUUGUCAGUUAGCCCUUGGGGAAGAAGACUUCAGGGAAGGCCUCAGGCAUCACUGUCAUUUCUGCCCUCUGGCACUAACCAGGCAUUUUUGGUGUAAGUGAAGCACAGUUUCCCCUGACAGGAGACGUAGAUGAGUGCGCUUCCCCCCCAUAAGUGCCUGUACCUGAAUCCCAUAAGUACCGGACACCUUCCAGGUGUGGGUUUUCUAUCCCAAUGAGAUCGAAUGACCUGUGCUGCAAAUGUCACAUAAGUAAGAGUAUGGAAAUAAAAGACUAUCUGAAGCAGA